ACGAUGCACAACGGGCAAUUGAGUCGACCUUAAUCUGCGCUAUCGUUCACGUUAUCAGUGCGCGACAAGAUAUCGUCGACACUUCACCUGUAUAGUGUAAGUGGCUGUGGCUAAAACGAUGACCUGCAAGGACCGGCUGCCGGAGUUACGACGUAUAGCGAGUUCUGCCGCUGCUAGUACAGAAAGCGAGCCAUUCGAUGUUGAGGGCGGGGAAACGUUGCCGCCGCCCGCCCAGCACCAACAGAUACAGGAAAUUAUUAUAGAGGUAGAGAAGACUCGCGCUUGGAUCAAUGAUAUAAUACAGAACACUCUUCAUAUUCGGCGUCUGCACAGCGAUCCUACCUACCAUACUAACACCGUACUACAGGACCGGGUGGACUCAUUGAUAACAGCAUCUAAUGCGACGGGCUUGAAGGUAUGCGGCGCCCUACGUCAGCUCGAAGAACGCUGCAAGUCGGCAGGAUCAGCUGCGGCAGGGCGCAUCACCAGACUACAGUAUGCGGUUACUCGUAGAUUAUAUGCUGAUGCACUUGAGGAUCACCAUCGCGUAUUGCAACUUCUGCGGGAUCAUCAAUUACGCCUGUUGCAUGACCAGAUCAGACUAACAAAUCUAAGUAUAACAGACGAAGAAUGCGAGCGGCUCCUAGAUUCAAACAACAUCUCCUUCUUUGUGGAUAAUGUAGAAGCAGAAACAUCACAGGCGCGACUGGCACUAAGAGAGGCUGAGGUGCGACGCGAUGAUUUAGCCAGAGUGGAGGCAGCCCUGCAGAAUGUUCGGGACUUGUUCGUUAACCUAGCACAUCUAGUUGCCGCUCAGCAAGAGCAAGUGGACAGCGUAGAAUAUUAUGCGUUGCAAGCAACUGAGCGGGUAGAAUAUGGCGGACAGGAGCUUCUUAAAGGGACAGUCUCCAGGAGAAAAGCGAAAAAGAAAAAGAUUGGGUUAAUACUAUGUCUAACAUCGGGUUUCCUCAUCGUCCUCCUAGUGCUUAUAUACACGUAGAGAUAAUUUAAGAACUUAUUUAUUCAGCGACGAAUACUUAAUGUAAAUACGCAAAUGAAGCUAGUCAUAAGUACAUCCUAUAGAAUAUGUUGCUAAAUUAAUAUUAAUAAGUUAGGUAAAUGUCAGAGGUCAAUCGCUAUUACAACGCAAGUAACAUGAAUGACGUUAAUACUAAGUUUAUGUUAAUUAGACUUUGGCAUGUAAAGUUAAAUAUUAUAGUCAAUAAAUGUUUUCAUUAAAAUAUAAACUUCAUAUAGAAGUUGCC